AUGACGACGCCCACGUACUCGCACCCCUUCACACUUUCGCAAGCGAUCCAACUCGAACCAGCGUUGAUCACACAAGGUCAGUACACUGAAACAGUAGGAGCUCUUUCGUUCGAACCCUCUCCAAGAAGCAUCCCCAUGUUGGCAUCAAAUCAACCCCUCCCCCCUUCUACGCUCCUCGCUUCGCAGAGAUAACGAGGCUACAACACUCGAUCCAACACCUCGAACGAUCGAACGCCGAACUACUACAGUACCUCGAAGAAGAAGGUCCGGAAGCCGAGUUCGAAUCAUCGAUCAGGGAGAAUGAAGUGACCAUGCAAGUAGUACCUCCUUCCUCCUUUGUCCUGAGAACGUUCGAAUGAAACUCAAAAAGAGCUGAUUAGGGUUCCCUCCCUCCCACCCACUGAACAUGGUCGACUAGUGCUACUCAGAAGGAAAGGAUUUCGAUCCUUCGUCAUGCGUUGCAAGAGCAGAUAGGGGUCGAUGGAUCGAAUGGGCAUUAUGAAUUGGCCAGUGCGAGGUCAGAUAAUGGGACAUUGGGGUCGGGAACAAGUUUGAUUUUGGAGGAAGGGGAUACGGACGCGAUCGUCAGUGCAGCUGCUGCAACGGGCCCAGGGCAGGAGGACGAGGAGGUGGUGGAAGGGGUAUAUCUGUGA